CCUGUGAUAGUUUUUUAUAGGUAUAGUCUUUCUUUGCGGUGUUCAUUGUCGAGGUCGUUCGAGGUCGCAUUUUUAGGACCUAUAUUUUUUUUUUAAUUUACAGACCAAGGGGUUGGGGAGGAUCAAGGUAUAACUAUUCACUCUACUUUUCGUCCCUAAUUGAGCUCGAGCUUCGCGAAAAUGGGCGUGUUCGCCAAAAAUCGAGACAACGAUUUAUACCCAAUUUUAGGAUCUAAUUCUGGGCACAUCCAAGGUCGGGUUUAAUGCGCAGAGGUGAAGGACUGGUUUUGUUUUUGUCAAUAUUGUGUUUGUUGCGUCCAUCGUCAUCAAAUGAUUCAUCUACUUUUUGCCCGGGAAAAAUUUACCUUAGUGCUGAGGCUGACCUAUGGUCGAAGUCAGGCCAAAACCGGUCCUGUCGGGAAGCUGAGCAAUAGAGGCAAGCUACGGAUCAGCAGAUUUGGCACUUGGUUCGGGGUUUGCUGAUAACCUUGUGAUAACGAAAGUCCGUCUACCAACCAAGCUAACACUUCCCUCUUGACCUGAGGCCCCGCCUCCGCAUCACUACAGCGCUGUGAUUGGUCGACGGCAGUUGUAAGUCGCCUCCGAUUGGCUGACGGCGGUCGGUGCUGGAGGAGGGGCGACAGAUCGGUCUUUGACAGCUCUCGUAGCUUGUAAAUGGAUCACUGUUUACGUUUAGGGCACCUCUGUUCUCCGGAUUCUGGCGGGUCGGCUGUGGGUCGCAGGCACCCUGCGGUGUGUCACAGGCGGGGACAAUGUCUCGACAACAGGUACCUCCGACGGCGCACAGCAUUGACCGGAUCCUGGGACAGGAUCGUCAGCCUCGGCACCAUCCUGCAGGGGAUGACGAGGAUCAGCCAGCUUCAUACGGUUCGGAAUCGCUCGUGGUCGAGGACGACUCUCCAGAAAACGCGAACACUGAGCGACCCGAAAAACACGAGCGAAAGUCUCGGCGCUCGCGUACCACGUUCACCACGUACCAGCUGCACGCGCUGGAGCGAACCUUCGAGAAGUGCCAGUAUCCGGACGUGUUGACUCGGGAAGAGGUGGCCGGCAGACUGCAGCUGACCGAGGCCAGAGUUCAGGUAUGGUUUCAAAAUAGAAGGGCGAAGUGGAGAAAACAUGAGAAGUACACCGAACAAAACAAUUGCGAAAGGAUUUCGGACAAGAGCUUCAUCUCGACCGCGUCGCCGUGGUCUGCGUUGGUGAUGGCCGCCGGGCUGGGUCGGGUGCUCAGCCGGCCGACGGCCCUGCUGCUGCCCUCACUGCUGCUGAGGCGUCCCGUGCCGCCGCCCACCGUCCCAGCCGGCCUGCUGCCUGUCCCGGACCAGCUCCAGGACGGUCAGAGGAUGCUCCUUAUGGGAGAUAACAGCGUCCGCGCGACACCGACCCGCGCAGAGCCGAGCGGUCUGAGGUGACUCUAGGCGGUGUCAGUGGGCGGUCUGAGGUGACUAUAGACGGUGUCAGUGGGCGGUCUGAGGUGACUCUAGGCGGUGUCAGUGGGCGGUCUGAGGUGACUAUAGACGGUGUCAGUGGGCGGUCUGAGGUGUGUGAAGGCACCAUCAGUGAGUGGUCUGAGGUGUCUAUGAGCGGUUUUUGUCGGCAUAGUAGCGCGCACGUCUAUGGCUAUGAAUGUUCUCCCUCUGGCCAUGCAUUAUUGUCCUACACAUUACACACAGUAUUACCCCGCGGCCCGCAUCCGUCAGGAAGAGUCGGCCAAAACCGCACCAGUUCCCGCUCUUCAUUCAAUUCGCUGUCCGGUUGCGAAGUUGUGCAAUUCUGAUGUCUCAAAGGUUCGAAACGUAUUGAUAUAGGUGUUGCCUCGUUUA